CCCAUUUCAUUAAUACUCCGUAGUUUGAUCCGUCUCUCCUUUUAGGGAGAUUUUACACCGAGGCCACCACAUCACUCUCUCUGAAAUUAAACUCAAGCAUCAAAUUCACAUAUCCACAAAUUGAAAAUUGCAAAUUGCAGAUCAGAUCGAUUCUUCAUCCAUCGGACACACAACAAAAACAUAUAGCAGUCGCGGUAAGAGACGUCGCCGCCGGCACUAUUGACGAUGACGCGAUCAGCGACAAGGAUGAGGCAGGGAGCAACGAUAGUAUGGAGUGGCGACCAGCGAUUCCCGACGAUGAUUCAAUGGCGAUUACAACGCCAAUCUAAGAAAAAAAUCAGGCGCCUAUGGUUAUUUGUGGGCUGCGCCAGAUGGCUGACUACAAUCAUCCGCCCCUUCCUUCGCCAUUGGCUGAAUUUAAGGUAAAUGAAAUUCAACUAAUUUCAGUUUUUAGGGUAAACAAAACUCAACUUGAUGGAUUUAGUGGAUUUAAAGUUUCAUGGUUAAUUUGAGUUAAUUGACAGUUUUGAGUUAGUGACGGUUGGGAUUGUAGAGACCUUUGUAUAUAAAGAGCCAAAUUCCCAGAUUUCCUGCUUAUGCCAUGAUGGAUACCAUUUCUAUUGAAGUAGGCAAUGAUUCCUUGGUUCAAUGUUAGGUACAGGUACACUUUCCCACCUAAUUUGAUCCUUUGAUAAUGGGCUAACAUUUUUUCUAGCUUUUCUACUUUUUCUUUACAGUUUUGAUCAGUAUAGGUUCAAAGACAAUAUGUAGCGUGGUUAAUAGGUUAAUAUGCAACUUCAUAUAACCUCAAGACUACCUAAAACCAUGGAUUGCUUUAGGGUGGCAAUUAGUCUUAGUUUCAUUUUGGACUAUUUUAGAGGUCUCAUAUCUGGCCAUAAGGUUCUCUUUUAGUCAGAUUUGGGUGGUUUUUUUCAUUUAUUGAAUGAUUGCUCUAUUACUAUGAGAAGUUUCAUAUUGGUACACCAUAUCAUUUUGUUCCUUGCCAAACAAAACAGGACAGGUUAUCUAGACAACUACAAAAAUGAAUGGAGAAGUUACUGGAGUUUUUUCCCUGAGGUAUUUGGAACCUUUAUUAUGUCCCCUCUUCACUGCCUCACCUUUCCAUUUUUUUACAGAUUAUAGAGGGGGCAUUGUGAGUUACUGUCAAGUUGAAGUUGAAAGCUUUAGUAAUGUACGUAUCCACAAAUGUUUUUCAAGAGCUCUACUUGGCUAUUGUUGGCACUACGUAACAACACUUGAUAAAGGUGCAAUUAGAGAUGAUGAAGAUUAAUAAAAAAUGAGCAAAUUAAACAUGCUGACAAAGAGCUCAAGUGCCAGUUCUGCUUCUCUUUUCUUGAGAUUUUAGGGGAAUCUAAGGUUGACGGACGGACACUGAACAAUCGGAUUGUCAAGGACGAGCCAGAGACAAAUCAAGGCUGGUGGGGGGCUCGGACUAGGGGUGUAUGGCCAUGGUCUAGGUGAGUUAUGAUUGGGUGGCUAGGUUUGGACUAGGUGAGACGUUGCAGGGACCUUUGGUUCAGAUGGACACGAGACAGUUUAUUACACUAGGGCAAAGACUGGCUUGCUAGGGUCUUUGCCAAGGGUUUUGGAAUUCUAUGAGGCAAAUAAUGUGCAAAUAACAAUUCAGGAAUAAAAACUCUAAAGAUCUGAGGGAGACUUCUCAUUUUCUAUCUACUGGUUUAUAUCAUUUUGAGGUGCAGAGGCUUGAGCACAUUAGAUAUCCUUUGGAACCUAUCUUUGGAUAUGCUUGAGAUUGGUCAUGAGUAUAAGUAUACUGAGUGCACACUACUCAUUUAUGGUUGAGAAUCAAUAGCUAAACAGUUUUUUAUCAAUUCAAUAUGUUGUUAGAUCAACACAAUCGGUUUCUUCAGGCCUUGGCCCUUACUUUGGUUACUGGUUUUGCUUGUCUUUUUACAUUGUAUGGCUUCAAUAGGUUUAAAGAAUGGGACGAUGGUUUUGGUAUUUACCUUGGACUUCUGCUAUAUCACUUGGUCAUUAGAACAACAUGGUUGUGUUUUGGAUGGAGGUAAUACCAUUUACUCAUAUGUCAUUCUAAUAUAUUAUAUUUUUGUUUCUUUUGCACGUCAUGCCUUGCAGACAUGGCUUCAAAUGGCUUAUAACAAUUCAUUCAUUGCGAGAAAGACUCGGCUUUUUAUGAUGGAGAGGGUAACAUGCAACGCCAUGGAUAGCUAUGAUUUUGCAUUUUGGCUAAAGGCGUGUAUAUUCAGAAUCAGAACAAUAAAACAUCUCAAAGUUACCAUCUACCAGAGUUCUGCAAAUGAACACUUCCUUCUUGGUUCUUAAAAAAUGACUUUGAGAUUUGCUAUGGUUUGACUUGUGGAUCGUCUGGUAGUUCCUAAUUAAAACAACAGCAUGUGUUGGAGUUGAGAUGCUGAGCUCAUCUACAAUUGACUGAUGCUUCGUUUGUAAUGUAUUACUUUCAUUUAGUUUUGAACCAGAAUAUGGUUAUGCAAUUUGGAACACAACACAUGAUCUGUCAAACUCGCUAUUGGGAUUUUGGAUGU